AAACUAGAGCAACAACAAAACCAUGACAGCAGAAUUCUCAGCACGUCUCAAGCAGAUAAAACUAAAAACCAAAGCACAGACAUCUUCGAACAAAUGUCGAGUUCUACGAGAAACCGAGGUUCCCCCUCGAGCGAUCAAUCUCAGGACCAGUUUAGACCAAUCACAUACACAACAUUCUCCUCCACACUUCUGUAGUUCAGCUUUUCCUAAUAUCCCACGGGCCGAUCGGGCAGCCGGGUUCGCGGGAAGGUAUCCACGCUCUCCAGGUAGUACUCGGCGCAUUCCUCACCGGUCUGGCCAGAGGUGUAGGCCCAUUCGCACCACACCUGGUGCAUGCGCUCCUUGAACCAGCCCGGACAGCAGCCGUACGUGUAGCCCGCCAAUCCCUUCCAGCCGCGCUGGCAGUUAACAUGAUUGGCAUCCAGGACCGGACACUGGUAGUUGGGCAACCGCGUUGUCAACAGAUGGGGAUAACAGGCGGUCGCGCGGCUGAGCAGCAGCAGGAAGAGGCCGGCGCCCAGGUAGACGCCUCCCGUGGGCAACAUACUGGAUGGGUCGCUGUAGGAAAAAUCGUUGGAGAGCUCCCGCGUACGGCACGUAUUUUACCUGACGGUGAAGGGGAAGAUUGUGGUGGUCGUUCUGUAUACUGCGGUCAUCGCUAUGGACACCGUAAGUGCCCGGAAAACCCAGUUUGUCCCGGGGAAAAUUUUUUGACCUUGCCACUGAGCACCGGGGAGUAUUGUGCGCCCGAUAAUUUUCAUACCUUGUACGCUGCUUCGGAAAUCCUAUCUAACGGGUUGGUUCCUACAAUUUGUUUGUGAAUGCGCUGCGGACUAAGCCAGCUUGUGGGGGAAUAAGGAAUUCAAGAAGUGGUUAAAAUGCGAUGGACCGCGGUUAAUCUUAAUCUGGAUCGCGGAAUGACUGUUUCGCUCCUGUUAUCUCUGUUUAUCUUGGAAUUUAUUGGUGCUGAACGUAUUGUAGCCGGGGCCGCGGGCCAGGUGCAGACGUCCGGCUUUAACCCCAUCAACUGCUACUUCUGCGACACCAACCUGGACUCCAACUGCGAUGGCCGCGUGGAGGAGCUGGUGCGGCAGGCGGGCGGCGCCCCGCCCAACAAGUACAGCGGGCCCUGCAAAUGGGUGGCCCCCAAGCCCUUCACCAACAACCUCAUCGGGCUACCCUUACGGCCCUACUGCGUGACGUUCAUCGAGCUGCUCAAAUCCCAGGGCAAAGUGGUCAGCGACCGCAUGGUGCGGGACUGCGCGCACCCGGGAGGCUCGUUGCCGCCGCCGGACUGCCUGCGCUACGACGACGCGCCCAACGCCUUCCUCUGGCGAACGUCCGACUGGGAUUUCCGCAACUUUUGGAACUGGGGACCCUCGGACGGCUUUGUCGCCAUCCGAACGGCCGUCUUCUGCAACAGCUCCGACAACUGCAACACCAUCAAGCGCGCCGAUCUGGAGUCGCGCUGUGAUUUUGCCUCCCUGCGCUCGCUGGACGUAUCCAAUGCAACUGCUAACAAUUCAGCACUGCCAGUGGGGCAUGGCCGCACUCUGCUUCCUCUGGGGCUCCUUAUCUCCCUAGCUCUCUCCCCAGGCCGCAUGUCGCUGCUGCCGCUCAGUAGCCUGGCGGUCGUGACCCUCUUGGCAUCCUGGAGCUAUUUCGCCGCAGCGGCCGAUCUGUACAAAUGGACGGCCCCGACGACCCUCCAAUGCUACAGCUGCGGCAGCUGGGAGGGCAGCAGCUGCACCAGCGGCCAGUUCGGCAGCAGCCAGACCGGCUACCUCAGCAGCAAGACCUCCAGCGUCAUCGACCUGGCCACCAUGGCCCGGCUGCGGCUGGUGCAGCGACUGGACCCGGUGUGCGUCACCUACGUGGCCACGGCCUACCGGAACGGCCAGCUGUUCGACUCGUGGCUGGAGCGGCGCAACGUCUACAUGGAGGUCCGCCCCAACGAGUGCAUGAACAUCACGGACUUCCACGCCAAGCACCAGGGCGUAGCGGGCUACUCGCGCAACUUUAUCGCCCUCUUCUGCUGGUCUAACCUCUGCAAUACGCUCUCGCAGUCCGAUGUGCUGAGCAAGUGCUACACCAUGCUGGGGCAGGCGGGGGCUAGCACGCCGGAUCUGUCGGCCACGCAAGUGACCCACGGCCCAGUGGUCCCGAUCACUCUCCCUCCCGAGCUGCAGAAAGCGUAUAUGGAGCGGGCCCUGGCCCCGGAGUUGGUGAUGAAGGCCAACCAAGCCGCUGCCGCUGGAGGCAGUCACAGUAUCCAUGCUGCUGAUACUUCCAUCGUACGGCUCUGGAUCUUCGUGGCGCCCAUGAUCGCCGGUAGAUGGCUGCUGAGAAGAGCAACCGGCACGGUUUGAUAGCGACGAAGUCUGCGAUUGCUCCUAUUAUCGGGGAACGAGUAGCUUUUAAUAAUGCAGACCGCCCUGUGCUGCGUUUGUUUUCUCCUGAUUAUUUUGUUUUCGUGCUUGCCUUUACCGUUUUUUUUAGCAUUUUAUUUGUGCACAGAAACCGAAUGCCACUAGCAGAAGUCUUGUAAUUUCAGUAAUUAAUUUACUCAAUGAUUUCUUAACAUACUUCCAGUCAAGCGAAUAAAUACCGGUGU